AGAUGUGUAUGUGACUGUUUGUGUGUGUGUGUGUGAGUGGGUAGGGGGUAAACUUUUGUGCAGAGGGCGGGGGCGCGGCUGUGCAGACUUGAAUCUGAAACUCUGGGCAGACCUGGUGGUUUCAGGGUGUCAGGACGCAGUUUGGGGAGAGCGCAGUGAUCCAGUGACAGCCAGUCUGUGGACUUAACCCGGGAGAAACCUACCUCACCUGCACAGAGGGAACUCUCUUUCUCCUUCCCUCUUCCUCGCUCUCUCUUUCUCUCCUCUUUCCACCCCUCUCUCUGUCCCGGUUCCCUCUCAUUUUUCGGGACUCGUGCGCAGCUGGCUGUUCUUUGGGGAUGGAGCGUGCAUGGGACUGUGUUUCCUCCGCGGGGAUGUUUCUUCUGGGGCUGCUGUCGGUGCUGUGUCCGGCUCUGAAUGGAGUUUGGAGUUUUAACCUUUACGCAGAGCAUCCCACGGUUUACAAAGGACCCGGUGGAAGUUACUUCGGUUACUCUGUGGACUUCUAUCAAGCUACAAGCAACAGCAACACGUUCAGUGUGUUGGUGGGGGCUCCCAAGGCAAACACCUCCCAGCCCGGUGUUGUGGAGGCUGGGGCCGUCUACUACUGCCCCUGGCCAGGUCUCCCAGACAGCUGCAGACAGAUCCCUUUUGACAAUUCCAAUAACAGAAUGAUAAAGGUAAACAAAACCAGAGAGCCUCUGGAGUUUAAGUCCCACCAGUGGUUCGGAGCAUCAGUCAGGUCACACAAAGGAAAAGUAGUGGCAUGUGCUCCUCUCUACCACUGGCGGACGGUGAAGUUAAGUGGGGAGAAGGACCCCGUGGGGACCUGCUAUGUGGCCGUCCAGAACUUCAGCGCCUACGCAGAGUACUCACCCUGCAGGACCAAUGAUCCAGACCCAGAGGGACAAGGGUUCUGCCAAGCUGGCUUCAGUGUGGAUUUCACCAAGGAAGGGAGGCUGGUGGUAGGAGGACCUGGGAGCUAUUACUGGCAAGGUCAGGUAAUGACAGCAGGGAUAGCAGAGAUACUGAACGGCUACUCUUUGAAGGCGGUGCUGAGACGGGUUCCAGGAGAGAAACAGACCAGAGCCGCUGAGGACUCACACGACGACAGCUACCUUGGUUACUCUGUGGCUGUGGGGGAGUUUACAGGAGACUCUGAACAAGAGCUGAUAGCAGGAGUCCCAAGAGGAGCGCAGAACUUUGGAUAUGUGGCAAUGAUCAACUCCACCAAUCUGACAUUCAUCCAGAACUUUACAGGCGAACAGAUGGCCUCCUAUUUUGGGUACUCAGUGGCUGCCAUGGACCUGAAUGGAGAUGGGACGGAUGACGUGCUUGUUGGAGCGCCCCUCUACAUGGAGAGAGAGAUGGAAAGUAAACCCAGAGAGGUGGGGAGGGUGUACCUGUACCUGCAGACGGCCCCACUCACCUUCACCGAACCUGUUGCCCUAACUGGCACUUACACUUUCGGGCGCUUCGGCACUGCUAUCGCACCUCUGGGAGACAUUAACCAGGAUGGAUACAACGACGUGGCGGUGGGCUGUCCGUUUGGAGGCGAGGAGCGUGGAGGCAGAGUAUUGAUCUUUAAUGGUAACAGAGAUGUAUCCAUCAAAGGCCUGACGCUAAGCCAAGAGCUGAGAGCCGCCCAGACCCCUACUGACAUUUCGCCUGGAUUUGGAUUCACUCUGAGAGGAGGCCAAGACCUGGACAACAAUCAGUAUCCCGAUCUUAUCGUUGGGGCGUUCGGUGCAGGCGAGGUGUCUGUGUACAGGUCUAGAGCUGUGGUGUCUGUUGAGGCUUCAAUGAUCCUGACUCCCAGAAUCCUGAACCCAGACGACAGACAGUGCCACCUGCCUGACACAGAUUUUAUGGUUACCUGUCUGAAGGUGGACGUUUGUGCAGCAGUGAGCGGAGUGGAGAUCCCCAGCUCUGUAGACCUAAAAGCAGAGCUGCAGCUGGACUGGUUGAAAGGCAUCAGAGGUGGAGUCCGAAGAGUUUUGUUUCUGGACACCCAGCAGCCUCAGCACACAGGGAUAAUAACAUUGAGUCAUCGCCACCCACGUUCAUGCUUGAGCUACACCAUUUUCCUGAAAGAGGAGGAUGAGUUUAGGGACAAACUCACCCCCAUCUCACUGGCCUUAAACUACAGCUUGGCUCCACCUAGUCGUGGCCAAAACCUCCCUCCUGUUCUCAACCAUUACAGCAGCACCUUCCUUCAAGAGCACGCCUACAUCCUCCUGGACUGCGGGGACGACAACAUUUGUAUACCUGACCUCCAGCUGUCUGCCACCAUGGACCAGUCAGAGCUGGUGAUCGGAGAUGAUAAUCUGGUCAUGCUAACCAUCACUGCAGUGAAUAAUGGAGAGGGAGCCUACGAGACAGAGCUCCACACACUGAUUCCUCCAGAGGCGGACUAUAUCGGAGUAGAGCGCAGGGUGGAGUCCCUGUCUCAGCUAAACUGCGAGUACAAGAUGGUCAACGAGUCCAGAUUGGUGGUGUGUGACCUUGGGAACCCAAUGGUAGCUGGGACAGAGCUGUCUGUUGGUUUGAGGUUUUCUAUCCAACGACUGGAUGAUGCUGGACCCAAGAUCAGCUUUGAGCUACAGAUCCACAGCUCCAACAAAGAUAAUUCCCACAGCAACCUGGUCACUCUGAAUGUGUCCAUCACUGCCAAAGCUCAUCUUGAUUUACGAGGGGUGUCUCAUCCAUCCCAAGUGGUGCUGCCAUUCCCAAACUGGGAACCCAAGGAGAAGCCUGUCAAAGAGGAUGACGUGGGACCACAGGUUACACACAUAUAUGAGCUCCAUAACUCUGGUCCCAGCAGUAUUAAGGACGCAGAGCUCCAGGUAGGCUGGCCUGCCCGCUUCUAUGACGAGAAUCUGCUGUAUGCCAUGGAGAUUCAAACUGACGGCCCAAUUAGCUGCCGGACGAACACCAGCCUCAACCCACUCGGCCUGCAGAUUUCCUCUCUCCAGGACACACCUGAGUUAUUGGGUUUCUUGAGAAACACCAGCACUCCUCCCCCUCGCCGCCACAAAAGAGCUAUUACUGCCGCUCAGACUUACAGUAAUAAAACUUUGAACUGCACCAACGUCUCGUGUCUGAGGAUCAUGUGUGUGGUUGGUCGGUUGGAUCGAGGGCAGAGUGCAGUAGUCAAAAUCCGUUCAAGACUCUGGGCACAAACUUUCCUGCAGAGGCGUAAUGACCCCUACAUCCUGAACUCUACUGUGUCCUUCAUGGUCACGGCCAUGCCUUAUCAAGUCCAAUCCUCUACGCUGCCACAACACACAUCCUCGAUGGGGACGCUUGUGUUAUGGGGGACUCCUGAUGUGUCUUUUGCUGUUCCUCUUUGGGUCAUCAUCCUGGCCAUACUACUGGGGCUGCUGGUGCUUGCCAUGCUAACGUUAGCCAUGUGGAAGUGUGGUUUCUUUGACCGGGCACGGCCGCCAACUAACGAUGACGUCUCAGACCAAGAGCAGCUGACGUCUGAUCAAACAGGGGAUGCUUGAGACAAGUGCCAGCUCCUGGACAGUGGUUUGGGAGGGAUUUGCACCUUCUGAGUGGCUCAAAUCAGAUCUGGGAUCUGUUAGUUGGACCCUACAUUUCUUGGCUGAAGUCUUCAGCCUCUUUGUUAAUGGACAUAACUGAAGAACAGACUGAAGACUGCAGCCUCACACAGAUCGGGACCAAAGAAAGAGGUUUUAACCAGACAUAGAGGGACCAAAACACUUCUUUCAGAAUAAAUCACACACACGUCUGUUGUUUUUUCAUUGUGAUGAAGAGCAGAACUGAAGACAAGAUGGACUUAGUUGUGAAGACUAUGCUUUCAAUGUGUCUGUAACAUUGUGUGUCUGUGUUAGUGAGGCACAACGAGACUUGAGAUAAAUGCACAAGCGCCUCAGUGUGUGAGAGUUAGUGUGUGUGCAUAUGUGUGUAGGCAUUGUACAUGUGUGUGUUUCCUGGGUGCUUCUGGCAUCAUCCAUGUUUUCAAAUAUGACGUUUUUUACUCCCAGAUUUAAUUUAUCCUACAAUGUAGAUUUCCUCAGACCGACCUGUAUGCAGAUUUCAACACAUACACACACAAGCAGCUGCAUAGACACAGAGUUGAUGUUUAUAUUUAUGAAUGUAUGUGCAAUAUUUGGGCGUUGUGUGAUACUGAAGCUUGUUUACACUGGCAUUAUUUUAUUAGAGCUUAAUGUUUCAUUGUUUAUGUAUAUAAAUGAAUAAUUGGUAUAUUAGUUGUUUGUAAUGCUGAACAAUAAAAGCAAUUGCUUGGACUGA